AUGAGCUUGUUUACUCGAAGAUUUGUUCAGAAUUUCAUCACGAGCCAGUUCACACGACAGUUGUCAGUGACGCACAGACACUUUGGACUUUUGUUCACAGAUGAUCACGAGUGGGUCAAGGUCGACAACGGCGUUGCUCUGAUUGGCAUUUCUCAACACGCUGCUGAUGCACUUGGUGAUAUCGUUUACGUCGAACUGCCCGAAACUGGUGAAGAAGUUUCAAAAGGAGAUGACAUCGGAGUCAUCGAGUCCGUCAAAUCCGUCGGAAACAUCAUCUCUCCAGUGAGCGGCGAAAUAACUGAAAUCAACGAAGAACUAGCUGAUGAUGCUGCUGUUGUCAACCGAUAUCCUUUCGAAGAAGGAUGGCUUGUAAAAAUCGUGAUGUCAGACGAAAGCGAGCUGGAAGAAUUGAUGGAUGAAGAGAAAUAUGCUGAAUUCUGCGCGGAAGAAGCUGGCUAG